AGAAUGCCUUACUUCACAGACUUCCCUCAGAGGCAGAUAGCACGCAGAGACAAAACAAAUAUGUUAGAAAACAGGGAAAGCAACAGGAGGGAAUCCAUUUUCUAGAGGCAACCAGACAAACAAGGCAGACUCUGAAACUGUAAAAAUAGUUGCGCCUACUUUAAGGAUUUUUUUUUUCCUCCCAUCAAGAGUUUCAAAAUAUAUAGUCAUGGUGUCCUGUGCUGCCCUCAUCCUGGGUCCUCUUUGGAUCCAUGGUCUGAUUCAAGCUUGCAUGGGUGAGGAGCUGUCCCGUGGGGCUGUGCUAUCCUGGUUCAAAGUACGGGUUCUGGAGGGUCUCGGGCUCGAAGAACCCCCUCUGACGCUGCAAGGUCCCGAUGCAGAUAGGUUACUUCCUGAUACGAGGCACCUGCACCAGAGGGCCCACAGGACAAGCAGAACAUCAUGGGUUAAUCCUCAAACCCGUCCGAACCAGGAAUCAUCUCAAAUAAUUCUGUUCCCGGGUUCAGACUGUACCAAAUCGGACUCAGCUCAGAGAGAAACUGCAAACAGACAUAUGACAUAUUACUUCCAGCCCUCCAUCAACAGCCAGGACACUGUAGUCACAUCAGCCCACUUCUGGUUCUUUGCAGGCGAAGCAGUCACAGCUAACUCCUCUGCCCAGCUUUUCAUUGUAACCACAGCACUAGAACUACUCCAGGCAGCGGAGGCUCCAUCAAAGUCAAGCUCUGAUGGAUGGACCACCUACCAUCUGGAGCAAAACCUGCUGGCCCUCGUCGCCGAAGGCCCCUUUCUUCUUCAGGUCCGCUGUCCAGCCUGUCAGUGCCACGCGGGAGAACCAGACAAGAUGCCCUUUCUUCACCUCCAUGUUCAACCUCGUGGACCUUCCCGGUCACCCCGCAAUGCAGCAGUGACCAUUCCCUGGUCUCCCUCUGCCAUCUAUCUUCUGCAGCGCCCCUCUCAGGAGAGGCCUCUACACAGCGACUGCCACCGAGCAGAGAUCGACAUCAGCUUCGAGGAGCUGGGGUGGGACAACUGGAUCGUCCAUCCGAAAGUGCUGACGUUUUACUACUGUCACGGAAACUGCUCGGGUGGGGAUCGAAUCACUGCAAUGUUGGGGAUCACUCAGUGUUGCGCUCCCGUCCCGGGGACCAUGAGGUCCCUGAGGAUCACCACGACAUCUGAUGGUGGAUACUCAUUCAAGUAUGAGACCUUGCCUAACAUUAUACCUGAAGACUGUACAUGUAUCUGAACAUCAGACCUUAAAGGCCAGUUCACCCAAAUAAAAGAUUUCAGUUUACUUACAAGUCAGUUGAAAUUUGAUUAUUGUUCUUAUUAAACUUUCUUUUGUCUUAUUCACCUACAAUUUUGUCCUGAUUGUUCUUUAGUUUGGGUGUGUGCAACAUAAGCCUCAAAACAGAUUGUACUUUAUAUGUGAACCUUGAUUAAAGUGUUAUUUAGCAGG